GUGCGCAGGCGCAGAAGGCCCGGCAGCCGGCUCCUGGAGCCUCCGUUCCUUCCGCUUUCCCGGCUGGCCCCGCGCAGCGCCUGCGUGCUCAGUGACCUUUCCCAGACUUUUGGAAAUCUGGUGUGGCCUGUGGCCUUAGUCCCGCUGAGAUGCUUCAAAGCCUUAUUAAGAAUGUCUGGGUCCCCAUGAAACCCUACUAUACCCAGGUUUACCAGGAAAUUUGGGUAGGAAUGGGGUUGAUGACCUUCAUCCUUUAUAAAAUCAGGAGUGCUGAUAAAAGAAGUAAAGCUUUGAAAGGCUCAAGUUCUGCACCUGCCCAUGGUCAUCACUAACCGCUCACCGAGUCCACUCAAGAUGAAUCCUGUCGGCUAAACUUAAGCAAGUGUGUUAGAUGGGAACAUGAAACAUCGCUGUACACUUCCCUAAGUACCAUUUACAACGUGGCAUCAAUAAAUGUGUCUGAGUAGCA